GGGUGGGUUAUGGAGGGGAAAAAGUAGCUAAACCUUCCUUAGCAUUACUGUGUUGUCUCCACGCACUAAUAGUUGCUAUGUUAGCUCUCCCUCCUCGGUGUUUUAGCAGCUGUUGUCAUAGCACCGAGGCCUUCCGAACAACUGUAAAUAGCUCAAUAUUGUAACGUUAGCCUCUUCGCUUUACUUUUGUUAGCCAUGAUCGGGCUAUAGCUAGCUGCGUGGGUCAGUGUGUCUCUGUGUGUCUCUGUCUUUCUGUUUGUUAUGUCUUCUGCUAAGAAAUUAAUUACAGUCUUCUUUGUGUUGUUAGUUUGUUCGGUAACACUAUCGCAGCCUGCCUAACACUACUUUGACUUUUUAAUGAUAAUUUCCUCGUUUGACAAUUUAGAGCUGCUUCAAAUUAAGUUAACGGGUGUAUUAGUGUAAUUUAUAACACCGUUAUUGAUCACAUUGCUGACUUAUGUUUGUCCAAGUGUCGCUGUCACGAUAUUAAAAUGUGUCAAAGUAAAACAGAAAUUGAAAUAGUGCGUCAGUUGUUGUGCAGCGACACACGACUUCCUAACACUGUAAUUAAAGAUGCUAACUGAAACUCCAGUGGUGAAGUUAAUUAAAGUUUAAGUCCGGUAAUUUAAUGUCUCAGGCUUUGAAAGCAGAGCCUAUAUUUUUACAUAAGCUUAUCAAAGAUUGUAGAAGUUGGAGUCGACAAAAUGUUUACACCGAUACCUAUUUUAAGUCUUCUAUUGUUACUAAACUAUCGGUUUAUCAGAAAACAUUAUAGAAAAGUUUACUUAUGUUAUCCAGAAAUGCUUGCAAUCAACGUAUACAUGUUGCACAUGUUGCCUAUCACUACGCAUUAUAAAACAAAGAAAAGUAAUAUUCUUUUGAUUUAGCUCGACAUUUAUGCGCGUACAUAUCUGUCUUUUUACAUCUUGUGAUAUCAGUAGGCGAAAAUAUUUUAUUAUACCUAUGUACAUGUGCUGUAUUGUAACUUUAGUAAAAGGUUUAUUGUGAAUUCGGUCACACAGUGAAAUUGAAAAUAAAAGUAGUUGUUGCUAUACCCGCUAUAUUAAAUGUCUGGAAAUUCACACGCUCCAAACGUGGACACUUUUUCUAAAACGAAAGCGAAAUAAGGCUGUUGUAAUAAGUUUCUCCCCGGCUUGUUAAUGGCUUGUAUACCUUUUGUUUAGGAUUUGCCGUCAUUAGGGUUCUUUCUUUAUGACUUGUUCUCAUUGUUUCCUCAUUUCAUUUUUGUUCCUGCCACUUGUCCGAGCAGGGGGCGAUGGGUGGAUGGAUAGAUAGAUGAAUGAAUGACUGAGUGAAUGAAUGAAUACUAGACUAGGCAUCGGCGCUGAACCGUAAAGAAGUGGAAAACAAUAUCAGCUGCGUGCGUCUGUCAGUUGCAAAUGUGCUGUGUUGGCCUUUGUUUAUGGUUGUUGGAAGGAGACAGAGACAUUGAGAGAAGGAUAACAAAAUUGCAAAAAAGUUUUACUCAGAGCCUCUGUAUAUAUUCUGUAAACUUUCCCUUUCCUUGGUAGUUUUGUUAGUGGGCAGUUGUGGUUGCAUUAAACUCUUAUGUUUUCCAAAAAACAAAUCAGCAUCCCACUGCAUUUAGUGGACCCGUGUUGUUGUUGUUUUUUUUCCCAGAGAGAGAAAGAGAAAAAUGAGAGAAAGACAGACAAAGUUGCGUGGUGUUGGUAGAAUGAAAGAGGAGUCUGGUGGCAGGAGUGUAGAGGAGGCAGCAUAUGGCUGUAGAAAGAGCACAGCUGGAGGUAGCAUCUCCAUCUGAGGAUGAUGUCAGAGCAGCUGACAGGCUGCCAUCCACCCCACCUCCUCCUCCUCCAUCCCUCCACUGCCUCCACCCCUCCCCAGUCCUUUAUUGUGAGUCUCAGCGGCAGCCUGGGAGAGUUAGUACUGUGUGUGUGUGUGUGUGUGUCUGUGCGCACGCUGUGUAUGUGUGUGUGUUUGUGGCUGCCGAUCAGCGCCAGUUAGGAGGAGGAGGAGGAGGGAGGUGGUAUCUCGUUCCCCCUCCAACAUCUCCUCCACUUUGCAUCUGUCCCUCGCAGUUUGAACAGCGUGUUUUUUUUUUUGCCUGCCUCCCUCUUCUUCUUUUUCUUCUCUCCUCUUCUACCCACUCAUUGAUUCAGAAAGAGCGAGCGAGGAAGAGAAAGAGCAAGAAAGAAAGAGAGAGAGAUACACAGCCAUUCCCAGCCAGAGAGCCCAGCUAUUCUGCUACAGUGGAGUUAAUCAAGUUGAUGCAUACUGCUGCAGGUUAUGAGGACGGCAAGAUGGAGUUCCCAGACCACAGCAGACAUUUACUCCAGUGUCUGAGCGAACAGCGGCACCAGGGCUUCCUGUGUGACUCCACGGUGCUGGUGGGCGAUGCCCAGUUCCGGGCCCACCGAGCUGUGUUGGCCUCCUGCAGCAUGUACUUUCACCUCUUCUACAAGGACCAGCUGGACAAGAGGGACGUGGUGCACCUCAACAACGACAUUGUCACAGCACCGGCCUUUUCCCUGCUCCUGGAGUUCAUGUAUGAGGGCAAGCUGCAGUUCCAGGACCUUCCCGUAGAGGAUGUGCUGGCAGCGGCCAGCUACUUGCACAUGUAUGACAUCGUCAAGGUGUGUAAGAAACGUUUGAAGCAGAAGUCCACGACGGAGGCAGACAGCACGCGCCGAGAAGAGGAUGGUGGGUCCAGCUGCUCCGAUAAGGCCGACAGUCUAUCAGAUGGCUCUAUAGGCCGGCCUGCUACUGCCGACCUGCUGCACAGUGAUGAAGAGGAGGAGGGGAAGGUCGAAGGAGGACCGCUGUGGCUGAGGCUGCCGUCUGCAGACAGACCAAGGACACCAGCCGUGGCUACAACCAGCCCAGGGCAUGGCGAGGCGGAGAUGCAGGGUGGGGAUGGGCUGGGGGAGGGAGGAAAGCUGCUCUCCCCGGCCGGCAGCCCCACCAGCUCCACUGGAUCCCUCUCACAGAGGUCCCACCGCUCCGUGAGCUCUCGUGGAGCGCACAGGGGCAGGAGGGUGUCGAAUGAUGCGGCUGACUGCGUCCUGGACCUGUCAGUCAAGCCAAUUGCAGGCAGCAACCACAAUAACCACCACCAGUCCUAUUUCAGCGGGGCAGCUACACCAGACAGCCUCCAGAGCCCAUUGGCUGUGAGGGUGAAGGUGGAGAGGGGUGUGGCUUCCGACGAGGAAGAGGAUCUGGGAGGUGGCGACUAUGACAUGGAACACAGCGGCAUCACCAAGGCGACGGCUCCCACCACCAACGGGGGCCUGGCCCACCACGGGGUCGGAGGGCCUCUGUCGGCCCAGCGGAGGCUCGGCCUGGAAGCUCACCUGUCCGCUCUGCGAGAGGCCUCUCUGGCCUCGGAGCUGGAGCGGGAGGAGAAGAGUUCAGCCACCGCAGACGACGAGGACAUACUAGGGGGUGAACACGAGCGCGCCCAGGCCGAGGUGAACAGCAUGGAUAGUUCCUUGCUGCCCUACGUCUCCAACAUGCUGUCAGCUCAACACACCCAGAUCUUCAUGUGCCCGCUGUGUAACAAGGUAUUCCCCUCCCCGCACAUCCUCCAGCUUCACCUCAGCUCCCACUUCCGGGAGCAGGAGGGCAUCCGCUCCAAGCCCGCUGGAGACGUCAACGUGCCCACCUGCACCAUCUGCAGCAAGACCUUCUCCUGCAUGUACACGCUGAAGCGCCACGAGCGGACACACUCCGGUGAGAAACCCUACACCUGCACCACCUGCGGCAAGAGCUUCCAAUACUCACACAACCUCAGCCGCCACGCAGUGGUGCACACGCGCGAGAAGCCGCACGCUUGCAAGUGGUGCGAACGGCGCUUCACGCAGUCCGGGGACCUCUACCGACACAUCCGCAAGUUCCAUUGCGAACUUGUCAACUCGCUGUCAGUGAAGAGCGAGCCACUGGCACUGCCCAAUGUCAGGGAUUGGGCGAUUGAGGACAGCUCCCAGGAACUGUGGAAGUAGAAACAGACUGGGUUUGACAAAGGGAAAGAGAGCAGAGAGUGAAAGAGAGGCAAGGGGGAGGUGAAAGGGAGGUGGCAAAGUUUGAUAUUUGGGGUUCAAGUGAGUCAUGUUCUUGUAUGUCGCAAAAAUCUCAUUCAAUUGCACUUUAAUAGCACAUGAAAAUGUUACUACUGAGUUUUUUUUGUUUUGUUGUUGUUGCUGUUUGGGGUAAUUUUGUUUUAUUCUAUUUUAUUCUGAACUCUCAUUUCUAUUUUUGGCAUAAGUUCUGUUUGGUGGUUUUCAUUGCGUCUAAGGACAUGGGUCCCAGUGAGAAUGUCUCACCUUCUUGAAGAGUUUUCACUCUGUUUGUGUUUCAUCUCAGACACAACACUCCGACGCUGGCCAGCGUAUCGGUCCCAGUUCCACAGACAGCAAACACCACUGCAGGAGUUCAGGUCGAACACACUGAAGUGCAAAAGCAUUACAAUACACUAAACGGGUACUGUGAUCACCACACAUACACAGUUUGAAGUAGUGUGUGCGUGUGUGUGUGUGUGUGAUACUGCACUACUCUGGCAAAAAUUUCACCUGACGUGCGUGAGUGUGUAUGAGUGUGUUUUGUGUGUAUUCAUUUUAUUUUCUACUGGCAUGGAGGUGUCGUUGGCGAAGCGCUCCCCGCUUCUCUCGUUAAGCUCUUUGGUGUUGUGUGUUCAGGGUAAAGCUGACUGACUGACAGACUAACUUAUGGCACUCAUGCAAUGCACAGCCUCUUUUUUUUUUCACUUCCAAUCAAUUUGAAGUAUUUUCUAAAAAUGAAAAGACCUUUACAAAUUAUUAUCAUUAUUAUUAUUAUUAUUAUUAUUAUUGUUAUUAAUAGAUUUUUUUUAAAAUCUAGCUGGCAGUCUUUAAAACAUCUCUUGUUGAAAAGAUAUUUAAUUUAAGGUUGUUGUAUAUUGUUCUGCUAUAGUUUUAGAACUUAAAUCCGUUACAUUAUUUUUUUUUUUUUUAAAUUAAUGAUUAUUAUUAUUUUGUUACUUUUUUUGUAAUGGGACCUGCUGUUGUUGCAUGACGUCCAAACCUGUAUAUUUUAAAAUAAAAAUGUGAAUUUGCUGUAUUACUGUACACAUUGUAAUUGAUCAAAUAUUUGACAACAGGCUUUCUUUUUCUUUUCUUUGUGAAUACUACUCCAGGGUGCGGUCUGUUUGAAAAACUGAAUAUUAUUCUCACAGUAUGGAAAUAAUGCAUGAAAAUUUGAUUUUGUCUUAAACCUUUAAGUUGUGGUUAUUGCAUCGCAGGGGGGGAGAUGUUUGAACACUUUUGACAGUGAAAAGUUGGAUUUUUUUCUAUAUGUCGUAGGUCUGUCGCUGGGCUCCUAGAAGAAUGUUACCGAAUGUGUUUCCGUCGGAUGUUGAAGCGAUAUGAUGAAGCAUUUUAAGCCUCUGUGUAUAUGCACUGAUCUCUCUGCUGCGUGUGUGUGUGUGUGUGUGUGUGUGUGUUUGUGUGUUUGUGCCUGUGGCUUGGUUAUUACCAGUCAAUUUAACCUACUGAAGAUCUACGUCCACCCAGCACUUCCUCCUGCUCCUCCUCAGGCGUUCAAUUUCUCUACUGCUGUAUGUCCGUUUUCCACCUCCCAAUGUCUCUGUCCUCUCCAGCUCUAGAUGUGGUAAAGCCAUUUUUUUACAAUUAUUUCUGCUCAUUGGGCACUUACUUCAGGUCUGUUGAGUGCAGUAAUGUGGCUCUGGCUUGUCUAAAGUGAGAAGAAUAACGGGGAGAGAGAGAGAGAGAAAACAAAUAAGGAGAGCGGCCGUAACUGAGCUGUCCUGCUGAAAGUUGAAGGGUCAGAUAUCUUUGUCACGAGCUGUGCUGAGCUGAGCGGGGCCGUGCUGAUUCAAUACAAUAACCCACAUUAGAUGCAGUGGCGUGAAUGUGAUAAGGAGUUUGUGUGUGUGUGUGUGUGUGUGUGUGUGUGUGUGUGUGUGUGUGUGUGUGUGUGUGUGUGCGUGCGUUUUCUUCUUAAAACAUAAUCCUUACUUUGAGAUCGAUGGGAGCGAAUUGGCAUGCCUGAAUGCACCUUUUUAAGCUAAAAGACAUGAAAUCAGAUUUUUUGCUGAAAAGAUGCCUUUAUUUAAAAAAAAAAAAAAAACACAUUUCUGACGCUAUGGAAGUAUUUGAUACUGUAAAGCAUUGUGAAAUAGUUGUUAAAAUGAUGUAUAAAUUCAUGGAAUUUGAUUGAAUUUAUCAGAAAAUCCUUUUUUGUAUGUGAAUGUUGUAUUUGGACUGGGGGCUACAUCAGUUUAAUAAUAAUUUUCAGGGGUGUUUUUUUUUAACCUCUGUAUCAAAUUUUUUUGGUUGGAAUUUCACAAUAACAGUCAAGCGUUCAUACAAUCCGAAUGCGUUUGACACAGAGAUACUAAUAAAUUGAACGCUCCACAUUUCCCCCCUCACUCAGAUGUGUAUGUGUGUAUAUGUCUGCGUGCACGCCCCCAUUGAUGUGCAUGUGGUGGGUGGGGUGGUUGUAUGUGUUGCCCUGUCAUCUGGUGGCACCUACAGGCUUUGCCAAGGCAACAGUGUGGGUGACAUUGCAGCAGUUUGCACCGCAUCGUCUAAUUUCUUUCUUCUCGGAACGCUAUUUCUUUACUGGCAGUGUCUCUGCAUAUGGGGCUCACUCCAUCCUGCUGUUGUUUUCAUCACUACUGCUGUUUUUUUUUGUUGUUGUUCUGUUCCUCUGGUUGUACUUGACCGCCUUAAACUGCUGUAGUCUGGGCUGUUUUUUUGGUUGUUUUUUUUAAAAGUGUGAGCGUGGGGUGGAGUUGUGGGAGGGAUGUCAACCGCUCAAGACGCUGUGAAGUAACCACCCUGACGAAACAUCUCCAUCUUUUGCUGUGCUUACUUGAAAACAAAGGGGGGAGAUUUUUUUUUUUUUAAAGCAAGGUAUAAAAAUGAAAUGUUCUGUUUAUGGAAAGGCAGAUUGGGGGUGGGGGUGUGAAGUGACUGAGUCUGUUGUGAAAAAGGACAAUCACUAUCUGGGGGAAAAAAAAGAAAGGAAAGGAAGAUUUUGAUUCAGAUAUAUUUGCUCCCUCUUGAGAUUAAACGUUUUCUUUGCUUUUCUUUUAUGUUCCUUUUUCAGAUUUAGUCAUUUUUAGCUUUGACAAUCAUAGUUGGGUUGAUUUCUUUUCUCUCAAGGGGAGUAAAUUCUAAUUGUGUUUAGUUUUGUAAUUUUUUGGUGUGCUGUUGUUGACAUUUUUAAAUUGUGUGCAAACUGCAAUAAAUUAUAAGAAUCUUGAAAUUCAA